AUGCUGGCUUUAUGCCUGUCGGCACUCCUUGCCGUCUCUCUGGCAUCGCAAGAGGAGCCCGAAACAGAAAUGCAAAUGCAAUUGCUUCAGCACCACUUGGUGCUCCCAGGCGCGGCGGAACGAGCGGAACGACGCUUGAAAGAAGCUCGGCCGCUGGAGUGGAUUCACUUCCCGAAGGCCGGCAGCUCCUUCAUCAACGCCAUCACACACCUGCCCGGCACCUGCGCUUCUCUGGCCGAUCAGUACCUUAGCGAAGACACGGUGGGUGGCGGCCCCUGCUGGCUUUCCCGCUGGUUCAUGGAGCGCUGCCCGCACGACUGCAAGGCGGACCAUUACGUGUGCCCCUGGUCAAAGUCGCCCGAUGUCCCUCGGACCGCCUUGGUACACCUCCUGGUGACCAACUACUCUGCCCAGCGGGGCCACUUGGUGGGAAUGUUCCGGGAUCCGGAUCAGCGAAUCCUUUCGGGGUACCAUGACGAGGCGAACAAUUUUGCGGCCGAGGACUACGGCAGCUACUUAGUGCAAGCGGGAGGGGGGAACUGCACCGGAUUCAGCGUGAGAGGCGUGCGGAGGAGGCCGCUUUUGGACUUCGCCGAAGCCUGGAAGGGCGGGAUGACUUAUCAGCUCGUUUCUGCUGAUCUGAUUGAGUCCGGUCAAAUUCUUCGAAGGCACACCACGGCCGUGGAUCCGAAGCGGGCCAAGGUGACACAGGCGGAUGGAUUGGAGGCCGCGAAAAGGGUGCAGGAGGGCUUCGCCUUCGUGGGGAUCGCGGAAGACUGGGAUUUGUCCAUCUGCCUCUUUCACAAGAUGUUCGGAGGAGCAUGCCAUGCCGACGAGUUCCAAGACACAAGGCCCGGCCGUGCAGGGAAGAGCGCAGACCAAGACUACGACAUCUCCCAGCUUCAGGGCUGGCAUGAUGAUAUUGACGAAGUGGUGUAUGCCGCCGCUUUGGACGUUUUUCGCCGAAACCUCAUCAUGUUCGACGUCUCGCAAGAGACCUGUCAGGAGUGUUACAGUGUAGCUAGCUACAGUCACACACGGAGAGACUAG